CAAAAAAAAUUAUUUUAAAACACCUAUCGAUUCAAAGAAUCACAAGCUUCUUUUUUAUUCAAUUUUUGGUCGUUAAUGGAGUCCUCAACUUAACACCACCACAGCAUGAGCAAAUCUAACUUCUUUCGUAACAUCAUUAAACCCUUUCAUUCUAGUUCAAAAAAAGAAAGUCAAGAAGAAGAGUUGGGGAAUAUUACUGCUCAUGAUCAGAAAGUUUUCAGCUUUGAAACCCUAGUUUCUGCAACUAGAAAUUUUCAUCCUGAUAAUAAGCUUGGUCAAGGGGGUUUUGGCCCUGUUUUUAAGGGGACGUUGGACAGAGGGGUGCAGAUUGCUGUGAAGAAGUUGGCACACACUUCGAAUCAGGGGAAAAGGGAGUUUGUAAAUGAAGCCAAAUUACUGGCGCGUGUACAACAUCGUAAUGUUGUGAGCUUGUUAGGGUAUUGUGUGGCUCCGGAGAAGCUCUUGGUGUAUGAAUAUGUACCUAACGAGAGCUUAGACAAGCUUCUUUUCAAAUCUAGAACACGUGACACGUUGGAUUGGAAACGCAGAUAUGACAUCAUUUGUGGUGUAGCACGAGGCUUGUCUUACCUUCAUGAGGAUGCACACGAUUGCAUCAUCCAUAGAGAUAUAAAAGCUAGUAACAUUUUGUUAGACGAAAAUUGGGUACCCAAAAUAGCUGAUUUUGGCAUGGCUAAGCUCUACCCUGAAGACCAAACUCAUGUGCAUACUCGUGUAGCGGGUACCAAUGGUUAUAUGGCGCCUGAGUAUGUCAUGCAUGGGAAUUUAUCCAUCAAGGCUGAUGUAUAUAGCUUCGGUGUGGUGGUUCUAGAGCUCCUUAGUGGUCAAAAGAACUUUACUUUUGACCUUGACCCCGAGUGUGUAAAUCUUCUUGAUUGGGCAUAUAAAAUGUACAAGAAGGGCAAAGGGCUUGAAAUAUUGGAGCCAAUAUUGGCCUCUACCGCGGUCCCUGAUCAAGUAGCCACUUGUAUAAAAAUCGGAUUGCUAUGCACCCAAUUCGAUCACACUGCACGGCCCACAAUGAGCCGAGUGGCGCUGAUGCUAUCCAGGAAGCCAGGCACGCUCGACGAACCGACACCGCCCGGAUUUCUAGGUUCAAGACCCAGAAGGUCUCGUGCGUCUGCCACGUCAUCCUCUUCAGACGGGAUGUCUAGAGGGACAAAUUCUCAAUCUAGGUCCUCCACCACCUCUAGAAACCCUACCGCAUCCACAACAGCCCCUCGUACUCCAGCGCGGCAUGCGAGUUCAACUUCUGAUCCUCACCGUAGGCAUCGUGGUUCGACGUCUGCAGGUCCGGUGUCCGAUCCUUAUGGUAAACGGCCAAUGCGAGAGUAGAUUGUUAUGGUACAAUGUAGGAAGCUAUUGAUUAUUCUUUUUGUACAGAUUACUAGUGUAGAUUUUGGGAGAUAGAUGUAAAGUAUAUUAGGCUGAGGAUGCUACUUUUCUUCCAAUAUCAUGAGGAUUGUAAAAAGAUUAAAGGGCAUAAAAAAGGUUAUUAGUUUUGAGUGAA